AGAGAGAGUAGUGGAUACACAGUUUGUCGAUAGUAUAGUAUAGAGAGAGUCUCCACCGUCGAUCUUCAAAUGGAGAACAACGACGUCCUAGGAACGUCAACUGCACCAUUGACGUGGCAUGAUUUCCUUCAACGCAUGCGUGAUCCAGCUGCCGCUGAUUUCGUCAAAUCCAUCAAAAGUUUUAUUGUAUCAUUUCUGAACAAUGCUCCAGAAGCAGAGAGGGAUAGUGCAGCUGUGCAGGAGUUCCUCGGAAAUAUGGAAACAGCAUUCAGAGCUCAUUCACUUUGGGCUGGAUGUUCUGAGGAGGAGUUGGAGAGUGCUGGUGAAGGACUUGAGAAGUAUGUCAUGACAAAGCUAUUUACACGUACAUUUGCUUCAAUUCCUGAAGAUGUGAAAGUUGAUGAACAACUUCAUGAGAAAAUUGCUUUGAUUCAGCAAUUUGUUAGGCCUGAGAAUUUGGAUAUCAAGCCAGUAUUUCAAAAUGAAUCAUCAUGGUUGCUCGCGCAGAAGGAGCUACAAAAGAUAAAUAUGUACAGGGCACCAAGGGACAAACUUGUGUGCAUUCUUAAUUGUUGCAAGGUUAUCAAUAACCUCUUGACUUCUGUUUCAGCAAAGGAAAACCCUCCAGGAGCAGAUGAUUUUCUUCCAGUUCUCAUAUAUGUCACCAUAAAGGCUAACCCCCCUCAGCUGCACUCAAAUCUAUUGUAUAUACAAAGGUUUAGGCGGCAAACUCGCUUGGUUUCUGAAGCGGCAUACUUCUUCACAAACAUUCUUUCUGCAGAAUCUUUCAUUUUGAAUAUUGAUGCACAAGCUCUCUCUAUGGAUGAGACUGAGUUUGAAACAAAUAUGGAGUCUGCUCGAGCACUGCUUUCUGAUCUUUCAGCCGACAACAAUGUACUUGACCAGAGUGAUCAGAACGCUGGACCUGUUCCCGGUGCAGAUACUUCUGAUUCCAAACUAAGUUUUAGGUCAAAUAGGCCUCCAAGCGCCGCCACACAGCCAAAUUUCUCGGUUGCAUCAACAGAAACAAAACCCAAGAAUGAGGAUCAGUAUGUGAAAAGUCAGUCAACAAUCGAAAAGAUUCCUUCACUCUCGGAUCUAGAAAAUAGAGGGGCUAGUAUGCUCAUGAAGGAGGAUAGCGUCAGCCAAGUGUUUCAAAGUUUCCCCUACCUAUAUUCGCAGGCUGGUGACCUAACUGUGGGUGAUAUCGAAGCACUACUAACCAAUUACAAGCGCCUAGUUAUCAAGUAUGUUUGCCUUGCUAAAGGAUCAGACAUUGACAAUCCAUCUCCACCGUUGCCCAAUUAUCAAGGACAAGUUCAACACCCUGAAUUUGAAUUCAAUACCGAAUCCAAAGCUACCUCAGCAGGAGAGCCAAUCGAUGAGAAGCAGAAAGACGGUCCGGAGGACUCAAGUUCAGUACUUUCACAGUCUCUUGAGUGUGAUGAAUCGAAGUUAAAGGAAAAUGAAGAAGUUUCAAGUAGGGGUGAAGAAGGAAGUUAGGUUUUGCAAAUAGAUUCAGGGGAAAACUUAUGUACAAUCAUGUGAUGUUUUAAGUUGUUUCUGUAUGCUUAACAACAAAAUGAGGAUUCUCUUGAUUCUUUCUGGACAGUAGAAUAACAAGUCAGAAAUCCUACAUCUUACCAGUAGUUUGGUUACUAACCAUGUAGACAAUGAUUACUUGGAAUCUGCUGUUCUCUCUCUGUGUCUUUGUGUGUGUGUGUGAAAGACUUUUCAGAGAGAAUUAUAAACCUUGAGGGGUGAUAUUUUAGUUUGGGUAAA